GCGGGAGGCGUCGCGACGCUCUUCAUUGCCGGUGCGUUUGCAAGAACAUCACGGUGUGCCGUGAGAUCUCUCUUACCGAAGACAUCAAGUGGCUUGGUGGUAUCCAGACGACGACUUUUUCACGGUCCAGAUGAAUGUCCGGAAAAUUACCGUGAUACUGGUUUAUUUGGCCUACGUCGUUGUCGGUCUGGUGAUGGCCGCCAAAGAGUCCAAUAAAAGAAUCCCAGGUUCGACGCACGCUUUCCAACAAAUGGUACGGUACGGCAGGUCGAGCGACAAGGACGGAAAGAUACGGGUUUAUCCUAGGGCGGAUGUAUUUUAUCUUGGACCAAGAUAUGGUAAAAGGUCCAACAUGGAGAGCAUAAAUAAUGCCCUGAACGAGGACAAAAGCAUCCCCUGUAUAUACACCGGUAUCACGAACUUGUACAGAUGCAACAUCCCCAGACGUCCGGCACUGGACAACAAUCUCCAGGAUUAAAUCUCUAGAUAAUUUUUAGCUAAUCUUCUAUAGGAUAAUUGAUCGAGGUUCACAAUGGGCUGGAGUGAACCCCGAUCCAUACCUGCAUUUACUAUUUAUAAGUUAAAUUACUAAUUGUUCCCCCUUUAUGCAUGUAAUAUCUUAAAAAAUGUAUGAAAUAAAAUUAAAACU